AUGAAUCGGACUAUGGCGUUCGUAGCGCGAAAAAGUUUUCCUUAUGAAAAGCCUUCAACAUGGUUUCCAGGCCAUAUGCAUAAAACUUUAAAAAAAUUGCAAUCACUUUCUUCAAAAACAGAUAUACUAGUUGAAGUUCGGGAUGCUCGUAUUCCUUUGACCUCAAGGAACUUUGCCGUUGAGUCGAUUUUGAGAAAUAAAAACCGGAUUAUUGUUUACAACAAGUGUGAUCUAGCCGUUCCUUGUGAGAAGUCUCUUUCGACUUUUCGCGAUGAAAUGGCACAUCUGCAACAGUCUUUUCAAUGUAUGCAAGACUGGUGCCAACAGUCUCAGAGAGUCACAUUCAAAACAGUAGAUGCUUCUGCCUAUGUAUCUUCAAUACCUCUCUAUGCCAAAAAACUAUUAAAAAGGAUUCGGAAUAUGUCUGUUCAUGGUCUUACUAGUAAUGAACGCGUUCACGUAUACUUCGUAGGGAUGCCAAAUACGGGGAAAAGCAGUAUAUUAAAUUCCUUACGACACGUAAGCUUGCGCCGUAGUAAAGCUGCAAUAACUGGUAACCACCCAGGUGUUACGAAGCACUUUAGUGAAGUCGUCAGAUUGCUAGACGAUGCUGAGGUGUUCAUGCUUGAUACUCCAGGUAUCAUGACCCCAUCCAUCGCUGCGCCAGAAGAUAUGCUGAAGUUGUCUUUAGUUGGGUGUGUCAAGGAAGGAUUAAUUGACUCAGUGACUUUAGUGGAUUACUUGCUUUUUCGAAUCAACUUAGUAGACCCUUCUAUUUAUUCAAAAUGGUCUCUGCCUACUAAUGAUGUGGACGAAUUUUUAGAAAACGUUGCCCAAAAAACUGGGAAAUUAUCUAAAGGGGGAGGAUACAAUGACAGUACUGUUGCUGCCUACAUACUUCAAACUUAUCGUUCAGGAAAGCUUGGAAGGUUUCUGUUAGAUCCCACCGACAAGCCCAGUGUGGAACUACGACUACAGCGUGAGUUGAUUAAAAGCCAAAAAAAAUAG